CACACGACACCUUCUUCCUCUCUCUCCCACCUGUCAGCACGGCAUCGAUACGAGAGAGAGUAAGAUACAAGACACUGCAGGCAGUGUCCCCGAUGCAGCCGAGCUUCCCAUCAUGGACUCCGACAAUCCACUACAUCCUGUGAACCUCCUCGCCGCCCGCGCCGACAGUUCCUCCCGUCCAGCCUCCUACAAAGCCAUUGGUAUCUCUCUCGCCAUCGCCUCGGGUUUCUUUAUCGGCGUCUCCUUCGUACUCAAGAAAAAAGGCCUCCUCCGCGCCAAUGUCAAGUACAAUGAAGAAGCCGGCGAAGGGUAUGGAUACCUGAAGAACCUCUUCUGGUGGGGCGGGAUGACCCUGAUGAUCAUCGGGGAGCUGUGCAACUUUGUUGCCUAUGCUUUCGUCGACGCUAUCCUCGUGACGCCGAUGGGCGCACUGACGGUCGUGGUGACCACCAUCUUGUCGGCAAUCUUUCUGAAGGAGCGGCUCAGUUUCGUUGGAAAAGUGGGCUGUUUUUGCUGCAUCUUAGGCAGUGUGGUUAUUGCGUUGAAUGCGCCAGAACAGUCGUCUGUGAGUGAUAUUCAGGAGAUGAAGAGCUAUGUCAUUUCUCCGGGGUUUUUGUCUUAUGCUGGGGUAAUUAUCGUGGGGUGUGUCGUCACGGCGGUUUGGUUGGGGCCUAAAUAUGGCAAGAAGAGCAUGUUCGUGUAUAUCAGCAUUUGCUCGUUGAUUGGAGGGUUGAGUGUCGUGGCAACGCAGGGUCUGGGAUCUGCUAUCCUGGCUCAGAUUAAUGGUGAGGCGCAGUUCAACCAGUGGUUUAUGUACGUCUUGCUGGUGUUUGUUAUCACGACGCUGGUGACUGAGAUUGUCUAUCUCAAUAAAGCCCUCAACAUCUUCAACGCUGCGCUGGUCACUCCUACCUACUACGUCUUCUUCACCAGUUCCACCAUUGUCACCUCCGCCGUGCUGUUCCGCGGCUUCAAGGGGUCCGUCUCCUCCAUCGUCACGGUCAUCCUAGGCUUUCUGCAGAUCUGCGCUGGUGUCGUCCUGCUGCAGCUGUCCAAAUCCGCCAAGGACGUCCCCGAUGCCGCUGUCUUCAAGGGAGAUCUCGACCAGGUGCGCGAGGUCGCCACGCAAGAAGAACCUGAAUUUGAGCCCAAGGCCGACUCCAUUCGCGCCACUGCUGCUAUCAUUCGUCGUAUCUCCACCCCACGCCGCCAGAUGGAAGCUGACGAAGCCCGGCGCUACUUCCACGACCGCGCUGAAGACCUUAAGCCGCCGGCGGAGAAUGAGGUUAUCGAGUGGGACGGGUUGCGCCGGCGCAAGACCGUCCUCGGCGAAGGUCCAACCACCCUGGGACGCACGCGAACCCUGCGCGACCCCUCGGUCAAGUAUCCCGUCCCGCCACUGGGCAUGUCGCACGUACCGGAGGAGCGACCAGACGAGCCGGAGCGACCCGACACGAAGCAGAGCAGCCAUUCCUUCCUCGACGACCUGCGAUCUCGCGCCUCGAGCCUCUUCCAUCCUGCCUGGCAGCCCAUCCAGGAUGAGCAUACCACGCCGGACCCGGUCUCCCUGACAGCUCUAUCCGCCCACAAGCCGCAUCCCGACACCCGCUACCCACAGUCCGUCAUCCCAGACGAGUCACGCAGCCACACGCCAUGGGGAGACGAACACGCGGCCCCUUCCCCGCCACCCCACGGCGGCACACGACGCCAAUUCUCAUUCAACUCGAUGCUCCACCGCAUGAAAUCAGGCCACGAAGCAACUGCAUCGCGAAGCAGCGUUGCCCCCCGACCGCCCCGCCACCGGGCACAGUCCGUCACCGAGGAAGAACGCCUUGGUCUCGUGCGCGGUGACUCCCGGGGGGAGUCGGCACCGGACGAUGAUGUGGACGAGAAGCUGGACCGACUCGACUCGCAUGAUAGCACCUUCGACGACGGUCCGGGCCGAUUGCCCUCCGGACUAACGCAUUCGCCGGAGCUCUACCCAGCCCGACUGCGCGUCAACCCGCUUCCACCGCUCCCGGAUGAAGAGCCGCUCGAAGAUCCGUAUGCGCCAAUGGAUAUGGGCCGGCGCGGAUCGCAUAGUAGCGCGGGGACGCUGUCCUCAAGCGGACGGAGUGUGGGCUGGCGCAGACAUGGAUCGGGAAGCAGCGGGGGCAGUGUGCAACUGCCAGGGAGACGAGGAGCAUUCAUCUAACGAAAUUGGUUGGGCACAUUUUGGGAUGUAUGAUAUGAGAUAACGAAGAUAUGAUAUGAUCAGGAUGAUAUUAAUGUAU